AUGAGCGCCAACACAGCCAAACCCAAGAGAAGUCUCCAGAAAAACUCAAGGGACUUCACGUUCUAUCUCAGUCCCCCCAUCCAGCUCUUAGAUCACUCCAAUACCAAGAACAGUGCUUCGUCUGAUAUGGCUCACACUACUGAGAUUUCUCAUUCAGAUCAAAUCAGCCAGAACAACAAGAUAAACCAAAUCGAUCAGAACAAUAGGAUCAAUAACGACGUCACCGAUAACGAAUCAUGGGCGAAAAAUGUCAUAAUAGGUGAUGCAAUCAUAAUUAAUGGCAACUCGACUUCAAACUUAUUAUCAAGCCAGUUCAAGAAAUUUACUACAUACACUAUCAAGAUCGAGACAAAGAAUAAUUCCAUAAUCACAAUCCAUAAGAGGUAUAAUGAUUUCCUUAAUUUGAGAAAAGAAUUAUUAAUCAAUUACCCUAACAAGGCUGAUCAGAUACCUAAUUUACCACCAAAAAAUUUCAAUUACAUCAACUUCAAUCUCAAUCUCAAUCUCAAUCUUAAUCUCAAUCUCAAUUUGUUAAAUAAUAAUCAAAAUAAUCAAAAUAAUCAAAAUAAUAAAAAUAAUAAAAAUAAUAAUAAAAAUAAUAAAAAUAAAAACAAUAAUUUUAAUACAGAAUUUAUAAAUAAAAGAAGAAAAUCUCUACAAUUUUUUUUAUCGUCAAUUAUUCUCAAUCCAGUUUUUAGCUCUUCAACUAUAAUCAAAAAUUUUAUUAAUAAUUAA